GCCGCAACCUCUUUCUUCGCAGCUGACAGAGACGCGGCGGGCGAAAACUUUGCGUGUUUAAAAGCUCCUCUCAUUUCGCGAAUUGACGCGUCGCUCGACGACAAAAGCCCUGUCUUCGAUGGAGCCGACAAGUGAAGAAGACAUCCGGGCCAUAUUGGACGGCGCAUUCAAAGGCAGGCGAGAUGUAGGCUUAAUUAAUUAUCGAUUGCUGAGCAACUCGCCGAAUGGAUUCAAUGGCUUGUAUUACACCAUCUUAAUUAAAUAUUCGGAGAAGAGCGGCGAGGCGGAGCUGUCGUGUUUCGCCAAGGCGCUGCCGCUGGACGAGCGACACCUCGCCGACCUCCGCGGCUCCCGGCUCGUGCACAAGGAGCACGAGUUUUUCCUGCGGCUGGUGCCCACCUUCGAGAAAUUCAUCAAUUUCGAGCUGCCCCUGCCCAGGUGCUACUACUUCCGGUUCGACGAGAGCGCCUUCGGCCGCACGCUGAGCGUGCAGGAAGACCUGCAGGAGCAGGGAUUCGUCAUGAGGGACAAACUGGUGCCGAUGAACGCGCAGGAGCUGUCCGUGACGAUGCCGGCCAUGGCCAGGCUGCACGCCGCCUCCAUGGUCACCGAGCAGAAGUCGGACAUCCAUCUGCGCACCUUCUGUCGCAACCCCGAGGAGGCCCUGUGGACGCUGGACAAGAGUCGGCCGUUCUACCCGUGGCUGCAGUCGGCCAUCGACACCGUCGUCGAGGUGGCCAAGCGGAGGGACCGCUUUGCGCAGCGAAUCGGCGCGCCAGGCGCCGAGCGCAAGGUGACCGCGGCCUUCGAGCAGACCAGACUCAAGCUGCAGAUUUCGGACACGUACUGCAACGUCGUCUGCCACGGAGACAUCUGGAACAACAACCUGAUGUACCGCUACUCGGAGGACGGCGAGCCGAUCGCGGUGCGCAUUUUCGAUUUCCAAAACUAUCGAGUGGUGCCGCCGAUCACGGACCUGCUCAUGUUUAUUUUCGUCAACUCGAGCCGGCAGGUGCGUGCCCAAGUGAUGGACCGCCUCGUAUCGGAGUAUUGGCGCACUCUGGACGAGUCGCUUCGAGACGCCAACUGCCGAUUGCCACCUGAAAUGGUCGAUUUGCCAGCCAUGCGGCGCUUGGUUGACGAGUUUUGGUUAGCAGGAAUCGUGACUGCUGCCGGGUACGUGCCCAUGUGCCAGAUGCCUCCAGGGUCCAGGGAGAAAAAUGUGCCUCAGGCCGGAGAAAACCAGCUCGACUUUGACGUGAUGGACGAUUUUCUGCGCGGGAGGGGCAAAGCAGUGUUGCGAGGCAUGGGCAUCAGUCAGAUGUUUGCCAAGAAUGUUGAGGACAUCAUUGAAGAAUUGUUCGAAUACAUAGGCAUUUGAUUUUGGAUAAAAUAAAAUAAAAAUGAAAGCAA